AUGAAGCUGAUGAUGAAUCGUUCCCUGGUCCUACUCCUAUUCUACGCCCUCACUGUUCCUUCUCUAGCGUCAGGCAAAGUGAUUCUCAUGAGGAACAACACCACUCUCUCUUUCGAUGACAUCGAAGCUAAUUUCGCCACGUCAGUGAAGGCCACAGGUGAAAUUGGAUUACUUGAUGUCGCUGAGCCACUCGACGCUUGCGAAAAUCUGAUCAACAAACCGAAACAGAGCACAAACGAAACUUCCCCUUUCGUCUUGAUCAUAAGAGGAGGUUGCAGUUUCGAAGACAAAGUGAGAAGAGCGCAGAGAGCUGGCUUCAAAGCUGCCAUUAUCUAUGACAACGAAGACCGUGGAAUCUUAAUUGCAAUGGCAGGAAACUCCGGCGGAAUCAAGAUCCAUGCGGUGUUCGUAACAAAAGAAACAGGAGAGAUCUUGAGAGAGUAUUCGACUUUCUCGGAUACGAAACUCUGGUUGAUUCCGAGCUUCGAGAACUCUGCGUGGUCGAUCAUGGCGGUUUCGUUCAUCUCCCUGCUCGCAAUGUCGGCUGUUCUCGCCACUUGUUUCUUCGUCCGGAGGCACCGGAUAAGAAGACGAACGACGUCGAGACGUGUCCGCGAGUUCCACGGCAUGAGCCGUCGCUUGGUGAAGGCAAUGCCGAGUCUUUUGUUCACCGAAGUACACGAAGACAACACAACCGCCUUCGCUUGCGCUAUCUGCCUCGAAGACUACAAUGUCGGUGACAAGCUCAGACUCCUACCUUGCUGCCACAAGUUUCAUGCUGUUUGUGUUGACUCGUGGUUAACAUCAUGGAGAACGUUCUGUCCUGUGUGCAAGCGUGACGCGAGGACGAGCAACGGAGAGCCGCCGGAUUCGGAAAGCACGCCGUUGCUCUCGUCCGCUUCGUCGUCUUUCCGGUCUUCUUCCGCGGUGUCUUCAUUCAGAUCAACAUCAGCGAUGGUGAUCGGUCCUUCGAUCGGAUCAAUACCAACUUCGAUCUCUUUCUCACCAGCACACGCAAGCUCGUCUUACGUAAGACAGUCCUUCCGGUCUUCGUCUCUCCGGCGGUCUCCUCCGAUAAGCGUAAGUCGAAGCUCAGUGGAUCUAAGACAACAAGGAGGAGGUGGAGGAGGAGGUGGUGGUUCUCCGUCGCCGUCGCAGAGAUCGUACAUUUCUCAUAUGGCUUCUCCGCAGUCACUUGGUUACCCGAGUGUAUCGCCUCUCAACGCGCGGUAUAUGUCGCCGUAUAGGCCUAGCCCGAGCAAUGCGUCGCCUGGAUUAGCCGGUUCGUCGUCGAAUCAUUAUCCGUCGUUGUUCCAUACGCUUCGUUACAGUGAAUCAGCUGGGACUUUCUCUCCUUACGCCUCUGCAAACUCGCUCCCUGACUGUUGA